ACAUCAGCAGCAGCCAGAGUGUGUGUUAUGUGCAGAGGACGAACAGCUCUGCUGGGUAGAGUGUGCUGAUACCCUGUUUGAUCACAGGAGUUUUUCGUGCAGCUCCAACCAGCUUGGUUCAUCCUCGAUUUUCAGGCAGCUGUCUGGUCCGUCACCAUGGAUGUUCUUUACUCUCUCACCUCACCCUCCUCCUGCCCUCAUCUGUACUAUCUACCAAAUUACCCAAGCAACAGCUCUGUGCCGAAUCAAACCCCUACAGCCAAAGGCAUCAGCCAGGUGAUCCUGAGGCACUACAACCACACGGGCCGCCUGCAGAACCGGACUAUCUCUGCCACCCAGGCCCCCAUCAGUGCCUCCAUGUCUGUGUUCCUAUUUUUCAGUGCGUGUAUCGUUCUAGAGAACUUCCUGGUGCUGGUGGCCGUCAUCUCUCGCAUCCGCCACAGCCGCCGCUGGGUUUACGUCUGCAUCGCUAACAUAACCCUGAGUGAUCUACUAACAGGUGCAGCCUACCUGGUCAACAUCUGCAUGUCUGGCAGCCAAACGUUCCACCUCACCCCUGCUCUGUGGCUCUUCAGGGAAGGCAUGCUGUUUGUGGCCUUGGCAGCCUCCAUAUUCAGUUUGCUGCUGAUUGCUGUGGAGCGCUACACAACCAUGAUUAAACCUCUGCCCCAAAAGUCAACCAAGAAGACUUAUUAUCGGAUAUACGGCCUGGUGGUGCUGUGCUGGUUUUUUGCUCUGGUGAUUGGCUUCCUCCCCCUGCUGGGCUGGAACUGUGUCUGCAGCUUGGACGGAUGCUCCACACUCCUCCCUCUCUACUCCAAGAGCUACAUCUUCUUCUCUCUCAUCAUCUUCUUCCUCAUCCUGCUUACAAUUGGGGUGCUUUAUGGUGCCAUCUACUGCCACGUACACAAGAGUGCUCAGCUAGGCCCUCAACGCAAUCGCAAACGCUCCUUGGCUCUGCUGAAAACUGUGAUCUCCAUCGUGGGGGUCUUCUUGCUCUGCUGGGGUCCUCUCUUUAUGCUCCUGUUGGUGGAUUUCUUCUGCGUCUCUCGCCAGUGCACCUUGCUGUUCAGCGCGGAUUUCUGCAUAUCCCUGGCUGUGCUAAACUCGGGCUUGAACCCCAUAAUAUAUGCUCUGGGCAGCAGUGACAUGAGGAAGGCCAUAGCUGAACUGCUGUGCUGCUGUUGCCUGAGAGCCGGCCUAUGUCGCCCCGACAAGUUCAUUUCCAAGGAGACAAGCAGCACCUCAGAGAGCAGGAGGGACAGUCUGAGAAACAGCUUCAGCAAGGUCAGGAAUAUGAGCGUGGCUUCCCCACCGUCAACCCCAAGUAAGCCUCGCAAGGCACCCAGAAAGUGCAGGCUUAGCACCACAACCAGCUGCCUGUCAGUUUCAAGUGGUUAAAACCACAACAUGCUCCCCUCCCAAACAAGCAAGACCUGUGUGAACUGACACAAGUCUAACCAUUUCCUCUGACUUUUGGCUUGACAUUCAACGCAAAAUGAUAACAUGUUAUAAAGAAAACCUGCUGGAAGUAAGAAUUUAACUUAACAAAUGUAUGUCAGGAAAAAAAAACAACUUCAAAGAUUUUUAUGUAAAAACUAUACAUGAAAUGUGCCAAUGCCCUAUGGUAAAACAUUUUAGAUUUAAUG